AGCUGGGCUCCUCCGCUGCCCCAGUGCUGCCACUGGAAAGACAGCCAUUGGCUCCGUCAGCUCUCUUCUUCCUUCUUUAUUUUCAGUGUGGGCUCACCUAUUCCACUGCUUGUGCAGGGGAGAAAAAGAGAGGUGAUCGACGGUGCAGAACCGACUGGAGGAAAGGGGAAGAGAAAGCAGCACACUGGUCCACGCUGUCGUUUCGCAGCUCGCUGUAGACCUGAACUAAGAUGUGUCAAGAGAUCAGCCCAGUCCAGGGAGCAGCAGAGAUUAGCGGGGAUUUAAUAUAAAACUCUUUAACCAGAGGUCACCUAGAAUAACUCUCACGUAUGUGUUCAUGGAGAGACCCGAGGACCAUAUGCGAAGUGCCAACAACAUGCCCAAGCAGGUGGAAGUACGGAUGCACGACAGCCACCUCAGUUCAGAGGAGCCCAAGCCCCGGCACCUGGGGCUGCGCUUGUGCGACAAACUGGGGAAGAAUCUCCUGCUGACGUUGACCGUGUUCGGUGUCAUCCUGGGGGCAGUAUGUGGAGGAUUUCUUCGCUUGGCAUCUCCUAUCCACCCUGAUGUGGUUAUGUUAAUAGCCUUCCCAGGGGAUAUACUCAUGAGGAUGCUAAAAAUGCUUAUCCUCCCUUUAAUCAUCUCCAGUUUAAUCACAGGGUUGUCGGGCCUGGAUGCUAAAGCCAGUGGCCGCCUGGGCACGAGAGCUAUGGUGUAUUACAUGUCCACCACCAUCAUCGCCGCAGUGCUGGGGGUCAUCCUGGUCUUGGCUAUCCAUCCAGGGAACCCCAAACUCAAGAAGCAGCUGGGGCCUGGGAAGAAGAACGACGAAGUGUCCAGCCUGGAUGCCUUUCUCGACCUCAUUCGAAAUCUCUUCCCUGAAAACCUCGUCCAAGCUUGUUUUCAGCAGAUUCAAACAGUGACGAAGAAAGUCCUGGUGGCCCCUCCGUCAGACGAGGAUGGCAAUGCCACCAACGCUGUCAUCUCGCUCCUGAACGAGACUGUGACUGAGGGUCCUGAGGAAACGCAGGUGGUUAUCAAGAAGGGCCUGGAGUUCAAGGAUGGCAUGAAUGUCUUAGGUCUGAUAGGGUUUUUCAUUGCCUUUGGCAUCGCCAUGGGGAAGAUGGGUGAGCAGGCCAAGCUGAUGGUGGAAUUCUUCAAUAUUUUGAAUGAGAUUGUGAUGAAGUUGGUGAUCAUGAUCAUGUGGUACUCUCCCUUGGGUAUCGCCUGCCUAAUUUGUGGGAAGAUCAUUGCAAUCAAGGACUUAGAAGUGGUUGCCAGGCAACUAGGGAUGUACAUGAUCACGGUGAUUGUCGGCCUCAUCAUCCACGGGGGAAUCUUUCUCCCCUUGAUUUACUUUCUAGUGACCAGGAAAAACCCUUUCUCCUUUUUUGCUGGCAUUUUCCAAGCUUGGAUCACUGCCCUGGGUACCGCUUCCAGUGCUGGAACUUUGCCUGUCACCUUCCGUUGCCUGGAAGAAAAUCUAGGGAUUGAUAAACGUGUGACCAGGUUUGUCCUUCCAGUUGGCGCCACCAUUAACAUGGACGGUACAGCCCUUUAUGAAGCGGUGGCCGCCAUCUUUAUAGCCCAGAUGAAUGGCGUUGUCCUCGAUGGAGGCCAGAUUGUGACUGUAAGCCUCACAGCCACACUGGCCAGCGUUGGUGCAGCCAGUAUCCCCAGUGCCGGACUGGUUACCAUGCUCCUCAUUCUGACAGCGGUGGGCCUGCCGACUGAGGACAUCAGCCUGCUGGUGGCUGUGGAUUGGCUGCUGGACAGGAUGAGAACGUCCGUCAAUGUCGUGGGGGACUCUUUUGGGGCUGGGAUAGUCUAUCACCUCUCCAAGUCUGAGCUGGAAACCAUUGAUUCCCAGCACCGAGUGCAUGAAGAUAUCGAAAUGACCAAGACCCAGUCCAUUUAUGAUGACAUGAAGAACCAUAGAGAAAGCAACUCUAACCAGUGUGUCUAUGCUGCACACAACUCUGUCAUAGUAGAUGAGUGCAAGGUAACUCUGGCAGCCAAUGGAAAGUCAGCCGACUGCAGCGUUGAGGAGGAAGCUUGGAAACGUGAAAAAUAAAGAUAUGACUCUCAUCAAAUUCUUGAAUAAACUCCCCAGCCUAUCUUAAAAAGAGGAUAUAAACAAGCUUUCUUUAAAAAGAAAAAAGCAUAUAUUUCUAUGUUUACUUACUCUGUUAGCUGAGGCUUAGAAGGUCCGUUGCGAAUCAGUGAUAGGCACGGUGCUGUGUCUUUGCCAAAUAAUGCUUCGUAACUGUCUAAUUUUCUCACGUGUAUUAUCCUUUGGAUGCUGCUGGAGGAAUCAGUUUGAAUCGAAGACACGUUCUUGCCAGCUUCCCUUUUCUCUCAAGAUGCAGAACUGUGGAUGUUCUUUUUCCCAGGAGACAGGACUGAAGCCGUGUGGCACGUGCCAGGGUUUUGGAAUCAUGAGCAGACACCCAGUGUGCUACUUCUUCCAGUGUUCUCCAUGCCUCGCCUUGUAAUGCACAAGAGAUUCUGUUGGAAGCCUCUAGAAGUAAAUCCCCUUAAAUGUCUCAUAGCAUUUGCCCUGGUGUUGAGUAAAAGAAAGUGUCUGUCGCAGGGAACUUGGACAGUUUGUCUUCUGUACACUCUUUAAACUAAAUGCUUCAAAGAGCAUUGGAGUGGGAGCCGCACUCUUAGAGUUAGCGGAUCAUGGAACCCUCUGAGCCUCUGCUCUACCCCGUCUCGUCUACGGGCAUAAUUGUUGGAAUUUCAAAGUAUGUUUCAUAAUUGGGUCUAAAUUCGAUAAUGGAUUAGGAUGCAGUUUGCACAUAACUGCUGUAUAUUGUGGCAGUUCUAUUUGCCUAUAACUGCUGUAUAUACUGACAAAAGUCAGAGAGCACACUCAACAUACCUUUUGACCAGAUUCAAAGCUGCAGAUUUGUUUGUGUUUGGUUUUGCAUCACCUGGCGUAGUCGAAUCAAAUGAGGUUAUUUGAUCUAUGCUUCCGUUUCUUUGUUUCAUCUAUAAAAUUCUUAUUUGGGUUUCUACCCUUCAAGAAAGGCAUUCUUAAUUCUCAAAUCAUUUCAAUCAUAUUCUCAUCAAACUGGAAGGCUUAAUCAUUGUAUCCUCUUCACAGAGGGAGGACAGUUGUGUGGGCUGCACCUCUUUUAGUACUAAUCUCUUGGUAAAACCAAAAUGCUGUUAGUUACCUAAUAUGUAGAAAGCUUCUUGUUCUAGUAUAUCAAAGCACCUAAACCCAGUUCCAGGACACAGUUGGAAGCAGAGCCAAUCUUCCUCCUCAGUCUUCUCCGUGAAAAGGAACAGAAAACAAACACAUGCAAACUCCUACAAAGGUGACGUUCCCAUGGCAAGGUCAAGGCUGCCUUGAGCCAUGAAGUAGGAACAAAGGAUGGCUCUGCAGAAUUUUACAGAUGGAAUCUUUUCAAGGCUGUGAAAGGUGGAAAGAAUACAUAAUCGAAUUAGCACAGCGCCUUGCAAGCUGUAGGCACCUCCAAGGGACAUUGUUUCAUGUCUGUCCUGUCAUUUUCUACUGAAUAACCCACAGUGUUUUCCCAAGGUUGCUGGCUUUGGGAGUUUGCUAAGGACUUGAACAUGAAUCCUUGAGAAAUCAAGCACAUUUAACUCUAAGGAGUGUGUAGAACCUUGGUCUGAGAGGGAGUCGGGUGGUCAUCUGAGGCCAGCAGAUGGGCAACAAGACAUUCAUGGAUAAUCAUGGAGCCCAAAUUCUCGAAGAGAAGAUGCUUAUAGACUUCACAUACCCUUUAUUACCUGCUCCUUGUGUCUUUUCUCUUCCAAACCAGAUACCUUUGGAACAUCCAAGAGACAUGAAAUUCUAAUAGUAUUGUCUCUUAAGCCCUAGUUACUUUGGGAGACGAAUCACUGGAGAGCAGUAUUAAGCAGCUUUUUGCUGUUUAAAAAAAAAAAUGGCAUCAGUCUUCCUUUUCAUUGGCUGGCUGGUUGAAAGGGUGGCUGAGGGUGUGCUGAAAUGUAGUAACAGAAAAGUGCAUCCUUUACAGCAGAUGCUGUGGGUGGAAGAGACAGUUCCUGAAUUUAACUAUGAAACUGUUAAGGAGGGUCUUUAAGUGGUGCUCCCAAGAGCUUUUUUAUGAUGAGAAGAAGGCUCUAGGCAAGGCACCUAGGAGCUUGUGAUUUUGCUUGUCAAGGUCAGCUUAGCACCUGUGCAUGCCGAUGUGUUGUUUGAAGGCGUGGUCUCAGGAUCAUCUCCCUAAGACUCUGCCUAAAAGUCUUCCUUCUUCCCUUGUCUUCAGCUUUUUCCUAGUGAUCGAGUUAGCCUGUAAGUAUAUAAGAGAACAAAAUGUUCAGAAGAAACUUGGUGCACAGCUUAACAAAGCAAGUUUUUUCUGGUUUGAGUCUGUAUGCAAUAAGUUUCCUAAGAAUGUACUUAGGAAAUCAAUUUGUCUGGAAGUCCAACAAAAUCAUAGUUUAAAAAAAGGAAUCUCUGAAAUUCAAGACUAACCUGAAAAUCUAAAACGUAUGUAGAGCUGACAUAUGAGUGUGUCCUCUGUUUUUGUUUUUUGUGUUUUAGGUCUUGUUCAUUCUUCCUAUGCCAUGCCCAUUGGGAUUUUCCCUGCCAGGCUAUGUGCCAUAAACAAAACAAAUAGAUCCAGAAUAUACCUCUAACCUCCUUUUUCUAAAUAGGAUAUUACAACCUAUCAGUUAUAUGCAUAGAUUUAUUUUAAUAGGUCCAACACAAAUAUGAAUGCUUAUAACAGUCCAUUAAUUUUUGAUGAUGCAUAAAUAUUAUACAUGUAUACAGACAUGGCAGGCCAGAUACAUACACUGCAUCCUGUAAGUUUUGUUAGGUUAGGGCUUUGGCGACACUAUCUUUUUUUAUGGACUCAUUUGAUAUUUUUAGGCAUCAGAAUAGUUUCAGGAGAAAACCAACUAAGUAGACUCUUAUUCUCCCCUUUGUCAUUUUCAUCCUUUGGGAAACCCAAAUGGCAUCAUCAUCAUUGGAAUACCUACUAAAAUUCAAUGAAUCCAAUCCAAUCAGUGAAAAAAGGGGCUUACCUUGCAAGGUAAAGCCUUACCUUAGAUCUCUGAGGAUGUGCCUCCCAUGCGAAGAGCAUCAGAGAAUCAAGGCAGUCAUCUAGAUGGUGCAGACCUUCCAUAUAAAACUUCAGAUGACAAGUUCUGAACCAAGUAGCUACUAGAUUCAGUUUUUGCUUUUCAUUGGGUGUGGAAACUCAACCUAUGGUCUCAUUGCCUGCAGAAGUUACCAUGUUCCAUAAAAUACAAAUAUUUACCUCUCUCUACUCAUAAGCUUGGAUGUUCAUGAACGGCUAAAGAAAGGGUGUCAAAAUGCCUAGCAUUUGGGUAUAGACUGGUGGAAGCUGAGAAAGGCUUAGGGGAAAUUCUGUUUACAGGAGAUAUUCUCCUGGUAGGUAUGGGUCAGGAAUCCCAAUGACCGGUAGAUCAGAGGACUCGUGCAUAGAGAAAUAUAUCCUUUACAAGUGUAUAUCUAGUCAAGAAGCCCUUUUGGAGUUGAGUAACUUGCCUACAGGGUCCCCAAAAGGAUACCCAAUCCUGCCAUGUUUUGGCAAAUACCACACUUCCUUUUGUUCCAAAUAGCAAAAGUUACUGUACCAUAUUUCAUUUUUGUCUGAAUCAAGGGUUCUGUCUGUGCUAUAUUUUCCAUGCAAUGAGCGCCAGACAAUCAAGGCAAUCGUCUAGAUCAUGCAGAUCUUCAUGAUCUGAAUCAAGCAGCUGUCGGGAAUACAGCAAAGAACCAACUAGGUGCCCACAUGUUCAGAGAGAAUUCUCCAUAGUUCUUCCUCUUGCUAAGCAAGCCUCGGCAGCUCCUGCCUGGUGUGGUGACUAAAUGCUCAGCACUUACACCCAGUGGAAGUGGCUCUUCCACGUCACUGCUCUUCAACACUCAGGGCUGUGCUGUUGCAGGGCUUGCUAGUUUGGCUUUGCUUACUCUCUAAAUGAAUUCAUUUCAAGCCAAGAAAAAGGACCAAGUGAGAUUUUUUUCAAUUAUUGGAAUACUUGUUCUUUGAAGAUAUUGUGGUCUAGGAGCCUAAAAAGAUUAGGUUUAAAAGCAAAGAGCCUGAAGGAGUUCUGAAGUGAGAGUCCUGUAAAUCUAGUUGUCACAGAAGAUGAAUGGUCUUAUAUCUGGUCAUUUCUGGCUAAAACCAAGAAGGUCCACCGAAUGCCAACCCUGGCAGGUCACACGGUAGGCAGAUUGGUCUCUUUGGAUGGAAUACGUUUAAAGCUGCUCAGGCACUAGUUGUUUAUGAUUUUUCCAAAAAGAAAACCCAAUUUCGGCUCUUCCUUUUCCUCUCUUCUUAUUCCAAUGAUCAUUGUUGCCGCUUAAGAGACAGUAUAGUAAGUGACCAUCUGAGUUAGUACAAGGCUUGUUUUUAGAAAAGAUAACAGAGCAUCUUAGUUGAGUAGUAUCUAGUUUCAUAGCACAACACAGUUAAUGCAGGGAAUGACAUAAAGAUGAGAAAUAAUGCAGUUGGGUAGAGGUAACUUUUGACUUAGACUCUGCCCGUUUUUAUCAUGGAACUUACACAAGUCACUUUCCACCUGAGCCCCAUUGAAGAAAAGUGAAGGACUCAAUGAAUGAUUAAAUUCCCCUUUCAGCACUAAGACACCAUGCUAUAAUGAUCUCUGCUUUAAUUUCUUCUUUCAUAACAGGCUUACUACUAUAAAAAUAUACUUAUUUAUAUUUUAAGUCAUAGGCGCCCAUAAGAGUGAAUAGUCAGUUUGGAAGACAUUGAAUUCAAACCUCUCUCUUCUUUUGAUACUUGACAACAAGCUUGGAAGAUGGCCAUGUUCAUUUCGGUGUGUGGGGAUACAAACAAACAUCCUUUUAUAAAACCGCCUUUUGCUAAGGCACUGUCCUAAUAGAAGUAGCAGUUCAGCUCAGGGAGAGAUACUGCCAGAGUCACCAUGAGGGGCCAGGAUGGGUCUAUAACCUCCCACAAGGUCUUGCAUCAUUCCUGCUGUAGCGACACAGCUGAUGCUGAAUACCUGAAACACACAAUUUCCUCCUAAAUGGUCCUAAUCACCAACCCAGCAUGGGAAUUUGGGAGCCUUUGGCAAAUAAUCUUGAACAUGCUUAUGAAAUUUGGUGCAAGACUUACACAAUAACAGCAACUCUCUGUAAAUACCUUCUCUUUCUACCUGUAUGCAGGCACGCACAUCCACGCAUAGGGUGGGCCCUGGGGCCAAGUCUUUUCUCUGGGGAGAUAUGUAGGGAUGUUUGAUGUUCAUUUGCAGAUGUUCCUCUUGGUUUGCUUUUAUGGUGGCCACCACAUCCCAGAGGGAGAAGGUCUGUCUUACAAGAGUGGCAUUGUAUUGGUGAUCAUUGCCUUCUUCAAGGCCCAGAGUUUCUAGGGUGGAUAAAAUGCAUGGUCUGUCUGCAAGGUGCAUGUCGCCAGCCAUGGCCUUUGAACAAUAUCUUGCACAUUCUGGUACCUCUGUAACGGACUGCUGUUUGCAUCCUUGCUGUUUGUCCACAUUUCUGCUAAAUACGGAAUAGGUUUGGUAUUCAUGUACUGUAAGCACCUUUGUUGCCAGAGAAGACUGCAGCUCUGCAGAUCUGGGGGCGAGAGAUGUAAAGCUAGUGCUAAAAGAAUUGGCUUAGUUCUUUUGUUGGUUUGUUUAAAUUUUUAGUGCAGAAGAUCUGACUUCUGUACUAAAGAACAUCACGAAGAAGAUAUUUCUUAACUGACCUAGAUAAGAACAUACAGAAAAGCAAGAGAAGCCCUCAAGUUCUUAUCUCAUUCACUCUCAAUAAUCUCCUAAGUAAUUACUGAUCAGACCUUUUUUUCCCCUAUGUCUGGUCUUGCCUCUCCUUCUUAACUCUGGAGCAAGUAUCCACUUUGAUAUUUUUUUAAAGUCCUUCUGCUUGUUACAAAAGGCCCUUUUAUGCUGAGGAUAAAACCUGCUUCUGGAACAGAUCCCUCUGUCUGGCAGAGUCAGCCCUGGACCUACAGCCCUGGUAGCGACAGGUCUGUUCCUCUUGGAGACACCCCCCUACACCUGGGUGAGUGUUGGAACAUAACGGCUGACUGCUACUCUUGUCAUUGUCCCCCGUGGAGCUGGGGAUGAUGCAGUGGGAGCCUUGCUCCUUCUGGGGCUCUGUUUCUUCUCAUGGCAACCAUUGAGCUUGCCUAGAAACAGCCUGUUGCCUUUGGUAGGAGAGAAAGGCACACACCAGCCAAGGAAGCUGGUCUAGCAUGUCUCUGAGGUUUCGUUCCCAUGGAGCAAAUUCUCUGAGAUGUAGGAUCAGAACAUUGGUACUCUGGUUUGCUUCUCCAGGAACUAGGAACUCAUCCCUUGGCAUCCAGAUCCUUCCAUAAAUGACCUUCACUCCCUCCCUUCCUCCUUCCUCUGGGAAACCUCAGCAUUGCAUCUCCAUGUUGCACAAGACAGAUCAGGUUAUCUGGUCACUAUAGAUCUAGAUUUGUAUAUAGAAAACUACUUUUGUGAGGAUUUUUGUAUAUUGUUUUUCUCUUUGUUUUCUACAGCUUGAGGGGAGAGCUGGCACACGGUGAAUCUAAUCUGAUCUUGCUGCCAGCAGAUAUAUUUUGGCUUCCUGGUAAAAAUCUAUGUGAUCAGGGAUAAUAUAUUGCCCUCUGAUCAGUAUUGCACCCCAGACUCACUGAUUCCUCCAGCUCAACCUUACACUCUUUUUAAAACAAAUCCCUGGGUCGUCUUUGCUAUUAUUUAUAAAGAGCAUGAGAAAAUGUAUUCGGAGUCCUGGAGAGUCUAUGUUUCCUAUUGAUUUAGCCUUUAAUGAUGUUACAGGUUUGUAUCUAUUCUUCAUAAACCAUAAAGAACUCAGUGUAGACUGAAUUGAUCUAUUUAGUAUCUGUAAUUUUGCAGACAUAUUUUCAUACAGUAUUUUCUAUAUAACCACACAGGUAGAAUUAUAACUACAUAGAGCACAGGACAUCUCUACAGCAAUUUAGAGCUGUCCGUUGUUUCCUGAGCAUACAGCCACAUUUGAAAAUUUUAAGAACACACUUCUUUGUGACACAAAGAACAAAAUGACCAUCAAGAACAACAAAUCACUUCAUCCCUUAGCUGGUUAGGAUAUGUAUUUCAGUAAUUCAUCUUUUUAACCUGAGGAAUGGUGCUGACUCAUGUUUGACACCAGGCCUUGUUUUUCCAGCUAAGCUUUUUUCCCCGGAAAGAAGGAAAAAUAAAGUGAUAAUAGUGGGAUCAUUUCUAUGUCAGAAUUUCCCAUGCCUUCCUAGUUUACAGGAAAAUUAGCUUAGUACAACUUUCAGUGGCAGAGAUUGAGGGCGAGGGCUCAGAAGCAAAUCAGGACAGAUUUGGCACUGUUCCUUCUCACCAAGAAAAUUGGCAGUGUAGUUGUUGCAUUGUUAAUAAAUUCAGCACAUAUUUUUAAGAACAAAAAUAUUAGUACCGGCCGUGAAGCAAUACUCUAUCACUGGGGCUUAGAGUCACAUCAGAAUUGUUUAGAAGCAGCCCAGAUAGAUUCUGUCCUCAGGUGAGUAACAAUCCAUGUAAAUUUCCCCCAAAGGCGAUCACUAACCACUGCAAAGACGGGGGGUGGGGGGUGGCGGGGUGUCUUCCUUCUGCCAAACACACUUUCUGAUAUGGUUGUAGGGCUAUAGUAUUUUUGCUAUGUUUUAGGAAAAUAGUUACAUAGAAAGUGUACAGGUGUGUAUUUGAACCCACUCCUCAGUAAGCAAACAGAUUAGAUGUGCCCUCAACUGGCAACAGUUGUAUCUGUGGUUUUCAAGUACAGAUAGCUGUCAAGCAUGAAGUUCUUGUGUGCACACAGUAACACUUGGUUCACGCAUGAAGGACAGUGCCUAUGCACUUUGUGUAGCUAUAAUGUAGGUAUCUGUGUAAUUUCAGUGAAAUGGUAUAUAGAUGUAUUGUAAUUUAAUUUAAAUGCCAUUUUUGGCUCUUAAUCUAAGUGCAGUAGACUUGUUGAUGGAUGUUUUGCAAACCCUUCUUAGAUAGCUCGUCGUGAAUCAUUUCUCCUCUUUCUUACUGUGACUUGGGAAUGUAUAUCGGUGAAGAAUUUAUCUAUGAAUCCUUUGUAUCGAUGAUUAUUUGAAUGUCUGUGUGUGUCCAGUAUCUUUGUAAAUAUGCAAUUCAGGGUAAGGGAGGGUUGGCUGUGUGUCAUGAUUCUUAUGGAAAGGUCACCUGACACCUCUGUAGAGCACAGUGAAUGCAGCUGUGGAACUUUGGCUUAUCUAGGCUUAGGUAGAGUUCGAAUGAGAAUAUUUAUCUACAGCCCUCCUUCACUUGGUGGAGUGGGCUCAGAGAGAGGAAGGGCUGGUCUGCUUCUGAGCAUGAGCUUGUCAGCCUCAUGUCAUUAGGUAAAGGUCUGUCUCUUUGGUUGCCAAAUACUGGUCAUGAUGCUCAUGACAUAAAGGUUCUGAAGAGCCUUGUCCCCUUGAGUCAGGUACAAGAAAGACAUUCACUGACUAACUGCCAAGCAGGAGAAACCCCACAGAAGCACACGUUUUGGCAGUAAACUGCACAGUUGUCUCUAGAAAAAUAGAGAAGCACAGGAAUGGUCGGUGUGUAGCUUUGGGGUUGCAAAAAAAAAACCAAUUGAUGAAGCACAGAUCCCACAUAUGUGACGGGACUAGGACCUCUACCUAGUAGGCUGUGUGUCCGCGUGUCUCAAGGGGCUGAAGAUGAGGUUAAUUAAUACAUUAUAUAUUUGCCUCUCAAACACACAUUCUCAUUAUCACUAAGUGGACCGCUGAGGGGUCUAUAGUUCCUGGAACCCCCUUUGCCUCCAUAAGGACAGAGAAGAAUGGCCAAGUGCAGCUGGGACCACUGAGUGCCCUUCUCUUUUCACGAGAGGAGCAAAACUUGGGCGAUCCUCUGAGGAUACAAAACACGUUCAUUUUCAGUGGCUUCUCCAAUGAAUGGAGAGAAGGGAUGUGAAUGUGGGCAGGCACAUGUUUUCUUUUUUCUGAAAAAUGUGGUUUCUUCAAUUCCUGUCAAAUUCAGGAUAGAAACCUUCCUGAAAGCAAGCUAGCUUUUAGGCGGAAUCCCCUCUGAAGAUUCUCAUGUGUCCAGAAUGAAAGAUAAGAAUAAUUGUUUCCCUCAUGUUUCCCAAUCCCCAUUCGUCUAAGGUCAUGUCACUCAGAGCAUCUAUAGCACAUAGUGUUUAAAGACUAAUGAACGAAAAAAAAAAAAAAAGAGAUAAAAAUGUCAACUAAUUUGGGGGUGGUUUUCUUCUAUAUGGUACUAGGAAAUGCCUUGGUGGCAAAGCACAUUUUGAGUAGUUGAAAUAUUUUGUUUUCUAAGCUUUCUUACAAUGUGGACUGAUUACUUUAACAUGUGUAAAAUAACUGUCAUGUGUAAAAUAACUGGAUGUUCUUUAUAUACUGGAAAUAAUCUGUAAAUCCAAUAUGUCACUAAGUGUUUUAACCUUUAUGUAUAUAUCUCUCAUCAAUAAAUGUGGAUUCCAAUUUC